UAACUUAGCAACGAGUUUGUUUACUGUCAUUUCAAAAAAAUCUUUCAGAUUAUUAACUCAAUACUUAAUAAAAUGACUCUACAAGAAGAAAAUACAUCAACUCAAGCUAUCUUGCAUAAAUUUUGUUCAAGUCUUCAAAGCGAAGAUCGCAAAAUUCGUAAAAAAGCGUUCGAAGAUAUCAACGUUUUCGUUUCUAACCUCAAACCUGAAAACCCCGAGGAAUUUCACAAGAUUUUUAACGAAAUCAAUAUUCACAUGUUAAAUGGUUUGAGAGAUAAAUCGGAGCCGGUGAGGGAGGAAUCAAUAAAAUUUUUGACUGCUUUUAUAAUAACAAUUUUACCAAAAAACGAUUAUUACCUAUCAUACAUAUUUCCUGUUUUAACGGAGCGUUUAGCGACUUGUGAGAUAAUUGAAGAGUCAGAAGAGGUUCGAUUACAAUUAAUAACGUUUUUGGAACAAAUCAUCGAUAAAUAUGAAGAAAAGAAUCAACUAAAGCCGUUUCUAAACGAUAUCGUUGCUGUUUUACGUGAAACUGUAAAAGAUAAAUAUCCUUCAAUUAAAGAAAAAAGUUGCCAUUGUAUCGUAAAAUUAACCAGGGCGCUUCCGAGAGAUUUUCAUUAUCAAGCCGAGUCGUUAAUUAAGCCUGUGUUAUCAAACUUUUCACACCAACGGUUUAAAAUACGAUGUGAAGCAAUUAAAACUAUCGGUGAAAUUAUUUUGUUUAGUACCUAUAAGGGAUUUGAUGAAAUUACCGGGCCUAUGGCGGAGAGAUUAUUCGAUCAAAUUCCAAUUGUGAGGCGAACUGUGGCACAAGUGGCCGCCAAAUGGCUUUUGGAGUAUCGAGAUCGAUACUCUUUUUUUCAUAAAUUAUUACCGUUAAUUUUAACCGGGUUAAAUGAUGAGGUUCCUGAAACUCGCGAGGAAGCAGCCCAACUUUGGGCCGUAGUCGGGAUGCAAUACCAAAACGAGAAUGAAAAUGAUUUAAAAGAAGAAAUGGAUUUUUUAAUUGAACCCCCUAAAUAUUAUUUACAAAAUGUUGAACGCCCCAAUUUGGGCUGCCGCACCAUCGUUAAACGUAACAUUAGUAAAAUGGCUAAAGCGAUGAGUAACGAAUUAGCUAGUUGGCAAUUAGACGUUAGGAUUCGCGUCGGGCAACUUUUAGUUUCCGUUGUGUUACACGCUGAGGAAGGAAUCACACAUAAUAUGCAAGAUUUAUUACCUGCUAUGUAUAUGGCGGUUCGUAACGAUGACGUCAAAGUCACCGAAAAUGUAAUUAAAGCAAGUGAAAUAAUCGGGAUAUUCGUCCCGGUUAAUACUUGGAAAAAAAUUAUUUUACCUGCAAUUGAGGAUGGGGUCCACAACGGCCAUUUAGCUAUUUUAGCCGGAUUAAUUCGAGGAAGUCCAAUUCAAAACAUUGAAGGUUACAUCGACGAGAUUUCCCAAUUACUUGCUGAUAAAACAAUUUGUCAAAGUAGAAAGAAAAAACAACAAAGGGAAAUGAUAAAUUGCGCAAACGCUUUGAUGGAAAAAUACGUCCCAAAUGAAUCAUUUCAUUUCGGUCAAAAUAUUUUUAACAUCCUUGUGACAACCAUCGCAUUACGAGAUGUCGAAAACGUCGAUAUCGAUAUACAUUUGUUGGAGAAGUUGCAAAAAACUUUAGGAUUUGCAACUAAAUAUGAAUUAUGGAGUAAAUUUUGUGGGAAUUUAUUAGAUGAGAUCAAAAAAGAUCCUAAAGUGUGGACUGUUGUGACUGCGGAAAGAUGUAUUUUUGAAAUUAUUUUGUUAGAAUCAGAGGAAGCAUUCGGGGAAAAUUUAAAAUUAAUCGGAGACAUUUUAAUCGAUGCUUUACACCUCGAUUCGGAUGUUGAGUCGCGCUUAAAAACAUUUGUUGCUUUAACUAAAGCGAUGGAUUCAAAAAACAUUAUUUUUAAACAUUCCAAAGACGAUCUUAAUUCGUUUUUAGAGGUUUUAGUUAUCGAGGUUCUCGUACCUUCGUUAGUUUGGCACGCUGGUCGUACAUCAGAAGCUAUGCGUACAAUGGCGGCUUCUUGCCUAUUUAGCGCCCUAAAUCCAAACGAUGAUGUUGAAAUAUUCUGCGAUCAAGAAGUUUUUCGCCCACUCUUCGAUAAACUUACCCCUCUAUUGAUUUCGUUAUCACAAGAUUCGAAUUUCCGAAGUCGACAAUUAGCGAUUCAAGAUUUAGCCCUUUUAAAAGAAACGGCACAACGAAGAAAUUGUUGGAAAAUCGACGAUUUUGUUAAAAUUUACCCGGAAGUUAUUAAAAGGCUUGAUGACCCCACUGAUAAAGUUAGAUUAAGUUGCGUUCAAUGUCUCGGGGUUAUUUUUGAGGAUGUCCCGGAUGAGUUUCUUCGUGUAACUUAUCGGAGUCAUCAUAAUUAUAUUAUCGAUACGUUAAUGGUGCAUUUUGAUGAUGAGGACGGUGAUUUUCAAGAUUUAAUUGGGGUUCUUUUAAAAUCGUUGGCUGUUGUUUGUGGGAAAGCGCUUAAAGGGAAGUUGGAGAAGCAAAUGGGGUUGUUUCGUAAUCGGAAAGGUUGCGAAGAGAUUUUGGAGAGUCUUCGGGGGAUGGAUUUAAACGAAAACGACGAUGAUUAAUAAUUAAUUAUUUAAAAUAAAGUUUUAUGAUAAUUUUUAUUUAAUAUUCGACGCGACCUUCCGAACCAAUAAAAGAUUUAUCCUUUCUCCGGAGCUUGUGUCAUAUAAACAAGUUUCUCUCUUGAAUUGUGAUCACUUUUCGCAUGUACUCGACGUCGUCGUGUCCUUUUUAUGCACUUAAUAAAAGAUUGUGUACUAUUAAAUGAAUUAAAAC